AUGGCCAUCUUCAAGCUCAUCGGCCACUGUGCUGGGUUACUCCUCCUGGCUGUGCUGUGCGAUGUGAUCGGGCUGAUCACCCUCUUCCUGGGAAUUUUUGCUCCACUAAGUUCCUGGGACUUCUUCAUCUACUUGGGAGCUCUGCUGCUCGCCUCCAGCCUCGUCUUCUGGAUCUUCUGGUACACAUUCAACAUCGAGGUCCCCUUUAGGGAGCUAGGUUUUAACUAA